CAAAACUGCGCCGGCAUUUUUAAAGUGUGGAUUUUUUCAAAGAUCAUCUGGGCUGCUGCAGUCCUGCAUUAUGGAGUUUACCCCAAAGGAAACUAUCCUCAAGUUACUUAAUAGCUAUGCGGUUGGUCGCCGUGCACCUGAUGAUGAAUUCUUUCGUGAAGGAAAUUUUUACCUAAAACCUUUUGUGCAGCUUGGAGUUUUGAGUGAAAUACCAGUUGUUGAAUCCGAUCCUGAGGAUGUCGAAAUCCUAUGCAACGUACCCGAUUGCAACUUUAUCUGCCAGUCGGUGCUAGAUUAUGAAUCUCAUUACAAUGCUCAACAUCGAUACACUUGUGGUGAAUGCAAAAAGACUCUUCCAAAUGGCCAUCUGCUGGACCUGCAUCUUUCCGAGACGCAUGACUCAUACUUUGCCGCCCAAGUUCAGGCAGGCAAGCAACUUAUGUACGCCUGUUUCCUGGAAGAAUGCAACCACCUUAGCAAAGACCCUGCCGAUAGAAAAGAUCACUGCAUACGAGAGCACAAGUUCCCGCACAAUUUCCGUUUCGAUAAAAAAUCAAAUCUCCAUCAACGACUGCUGAAGCAACAGGCGUCCGGUUCGCCUGAGGGAAAAGAGACCUCAAUGGAUACAACACCAACUUCGGUCGAUCCGAAGGAAGCGACAGUGUCAAAGAGUAGGAAAAAUUUCUCCUUCGGUCACUCGAAGCAGCGCACGUUCAAACCGACCAAAUCCGCCACCAAAAAGUGUGAAAUACUCGAAAGCAAUCAAAUGGUGGUCGAUUUACUAGAAAGUCUUCCAAAAGAAUAAUACUCAUCGCUUAAAGAUUCGUUCAAUCGUAUGAAUUCUUUCGCCGUGCCCGUCCUUCUGUUUAUUCGAACACGGAAAUGUUAAGUUAAGUAAUGAAAUAAAUAAUAUGAAUUGAAAUGAUCGCUCCGUUUCAGGCAGCGCCACC